AUGGCGAGGGCCACGGCCGACAACGAGGGGCGGCGGCCAGGGGAAAACCUGCGCUUCAGCCGAAUAGAUCCAGAAGGGAAGCUGGUCAUGGGAUUCAGGAAGACAAAGACUCAAGAACAGUAUUAUCAUAUACAUGCGCCUCGCCCGCCCCCGCCAUCGGCCGCGAUGCAGUGGCUCGCCCCGCGCGUCUCCUUCGGCCUCGAGGACGCCGGCGGGUGCGGCGGCGGCAGGGACGCUGCGGGGGGCGGGGGAGCCAGCGCCGACUUUGAGUUCCUCCUCGCCGGCUGCUCCGCCGUGUCCACCAUGCUCCCCGCCGACGAGCUCUUCUCCGGGGGCAAGCUCGUCCCGCUCCGCCUCUCGUCUUCCUCGGAGGCCGCGGCGGCGGCCACGCGGCCUCCGCUGGCCCCGGCGCCGACAACGCAGCAGCCCGAGACAGCGAGGUCGGAGGAGACGCCGAGGGCGGAGCCGGCCAAGGAUGCGGUGGUGGAGGCGGAGCAGGCGGCGGAGGAGCCUAAUGCUCCGGCCAGGAGGUGGAGGGACCUGCUGCGGAUGCGGAAGCAGCAGGCGUCGGCGUCGGCAUCGUCUUCCUCCUCUUCCUCUACGGAGACCAAGCCGCUCCGCCGCCUCCUCCGCCGCGGGCCGAAGCCGACGGAGCAGGAGCCGUCCCUCAGCCUCCCCCUCCUCCGCGACCCCAACGACGCCGACAUGCCGCCCGCGUCGGCUCCAACUCCAUCACCGACCCCGCCGCCUCUUGUGAGCACGUCGCAGCACCAGCUGCCGCCGAAGAUCCGGCUCACGGCAGCGCAGGCGGCGGCUCCUCCUCUUCCUCCGCCGCCUCCUCCGCCGCGGGCCGAAGCCGCCGGAGCAGGAGCCGUCCCUCAGCCUCCCCCUCCUCCGCGACCCCAACGACGCCGACAUGCCGCCCGCGUCGGCUCCAACUCCAUCACCGACCCCGCCGCCUCCCGUGAGCACGUCGCAGCACCAGCUGCCGCCGAAGAUCCGGCUCACGGCAGCGCAGGCGGCGGCGGCGGGCACCGUGAGCCCGCGACGGCGCCACCAGGAGCAGGAGCUGCCCACGACGCGGACUCGCGCGCGACGUCCCUCUCCUCUCCCUCACUGCACACGACUCCCCAGCGCAGACCCUCGCGAGGCGAGGCCGGAGAAGGUCGGGGCGAGGUGGAUCCGGGUUGGGGUCAACAGAUCCGAGCGGCUCCAGCUCGGAUCUGGCGAGAGACGGGCGCGAGGUGGCCGAUGGCGGAGCUUUGAGCUCGGGCUCCCAUGGCGGCAGCCUCGCAGCAGGGAAGAGGGAGACCGAGUGAGGGAGAGAGGAAACGUUUUUUUUUCCAGAUCCAUAUAGGGACUGCGGGUUGAAUACCCAGAAAUGGAGGGUGUUUUGUGCAAAACUG